AUAAGCUGUCCCAACGUAGAUUGCUUUACAUCAGUUGGAGUUGCUUACUUCGUGAGGACGCGCACACUGUGAUGAUGGGGUUGCGUGGUUGCAUCUUCGCCCUUGUCCUACUGGUAGCAUCACCAACAGGAGCUAACCGGGCUCAACUCAGGGAUGGUUGCACGAUGAAGGGCCUCAAGGAUUGCGGCGAUGACUAUGUUCCUUACGCCAAGAGUGGGCGUCUGCGUGUGCCCAACACUCAGUUCAGGGAAGGGUGCAGGAUUGCCAAAGAACAGAUCGUCUGCAGCAUACAAUUCAUGAAGAACUGCACGCAAGGUCCAGCCGAAGCUGCGGCGCUGGUGGUGCUGCAGGCGUGGGAAGAAAACAUCGAAGAUAUCUGCACUGUGGGUUCGAAAUCAUACAAAAAGUACAAGAAAUCCAUGAAGUGUAUGGAAUCUGUUGGCAACGGGAUACACAAGUGCAUGACACGCUUCCACGAUCAUCUGGAACGGGCUGUGGUUAAGGCAGCUGCCAAAGACGUCAUUCACCACAGCUGCUGUAUCUAUAACGACUUACUGGACUGCUCCUCCAAGGCUCUUGCACCCUGCGAAAGAGUUCAUGCCAAAGACUUCGUUCUCGGGAUACUGGAUGAUAUCUUCGGCGAGGUAGUUCACCUCGUAUGCGGCCAGUACAUCAAGAGCACUGAUGCCUGCAAUGCUCUGCCGCCUUUGGCCAGCUUGAACGACGAUGACCAAAGGUUCAGCACUUACAUCGAGCUCAUCAUGGAAGCAGCCGCUACCUAUGGCCACAAGAACUAGAGCCUCCGUCUCUCCUCACCAUUUGUAGUGCCAAUUUUUUAGCCUUCGUACUUUUCACAUCUUCACUACGUUCUUUCCGUUUCGUUAGAACUCUGGUGAGAAAAAGAAAAGCAAAAAGAUUUUGUCAGAAAGACUUUUAUUGAGAGUCACCUCUAGCGUUCAUGUCACCGUCAUGCUGACUUGAUACGUGAUGUUCAAACAUGCGCCAAUGCGGCGGUUGUCUACGAGUAACAGAAAUAGAUCUCAAAGGCUGGGCGUUGGCAUACUGCAUGCGCCGGAAUGGCUCGCAGAGUGAGAGACACAUCAUGGCUGCAAUUUUUAAGACUUUAUAAAAGCUGGCAACCACAUUGUUCAUGGCAGGAUCUUGUGAAACUGCGAUGAUCACCAAAAUGUCAAAUUUAGUAUUUUUGUUAACCGUGACACCACCGCAGUGGCUCAGAAAAACAAAAGGUCUCUUGUAAAUUUGCUUGGCGUGGCAGAUAACAAAGUUAUCGGUCUUCGCAAUCAUAUAUUGUGACGUUGGAAGUUGCGAAAGCUAGAAAAUGACACCAAAGAGUUGAGCAAUGUAUGCAUAUGUUCACGAAAGCGUGCCCUGUUCGUAUUUCUUCUCAUACAGGAGGAUGUGUGGGCGUUAUGCUGCACAGUGCGUACUUAUCAGCUAUUGUGCUGUAGCUUCCGAAAUAGAAUGUUGCGAGAUGUGUGUACUAAGUAUUAUUAGGUGACGCUUUAUUCAAGAUGCUUUCACUACUGCAUAUAGAGAUAAGGCGAGAGAGAAAGGAUGUGUGAACAACCAGGGGCGGUAACGAAAUGCAGCUCUGGUUGGCUGCCCUGCACGAGGUAUAGAGGUAAAAAGGCGACAAGAACGGAGCAGUCAGAAGCCCCAAGAACGCGAAGCUUGCUAGCAGUCAAGGACUGACAUGCAUUGCUCCAAAAUCAAUCUAUUGCUUAGGUUCAUAUACCUCAGGAACUGGAGACGCAAAGAAAUGGCACUCUACGUCGCGAGCGCCCGCCCGCGCUGCUGUACCUUAAACAACAUCUGCGGCGGGGGCAGAGUCGGCCCUCUCUGUGUUUGCGCGGCUAAUAUCGCGUCGAUGCGAGUGCCAGCACGAAGCUCAAUUCGCUCGCUGCUGCUGUCGCGCUUGCUCACUCCAGCGUUUUGAAAGCGAGUUUCCGCAGUCAUUUAGUGAGAUGCGUUCAUGUUUGCUUGUGCGCGCGUGCCACGCUUGUUAAAUUAGUUAGUGUGCCUGUGUUUACAAGUUUAUACGGCCGAAAGAACUACUGUCUUUACUUUGUAUAGCUGUCGACUAAUGUGCUAUCGCAAUUGAUGCUUCGCCUUUCGGGCGAAACUGUGACUUUUUGCGUUUCCUU